AUGCAGACAAACCUCUUCCUCCUCAAUUUGGUAAUAAUGUCUCUCUUCCACUUCGGGUACGUCUUCAUAAAAACUGUUCUAGCUAUGAUGACUUGAUCUGUUAUCUUUUUGAUUGUACCUAGUAUCUAGCAGGCAGUAGAAUUUUGGUUUUAUUUUAAUGCCAGUUUCUUUGGAAAUAAUCCUUCAGAAAUCAUGAGAAAUUUUGUAGCAGAAGCAGUCUGAUUGCGAUACGCAGAACCACUCAGAUGAAGAAGAAACGUGUUUACCACAGUGUCCGUCGUCCCUCUACAGACCCUCUCACCGAACAUGAAUUGUCAUAAAUAUUUCCAAAAUAAAACAUCAAUUGUUGAUAAUUUUUGCAAAGUAAAACCCACCUCGUAUGAUAGCUCCGUCAGUCUUUCCAUGAGAAGAAUGUUCUAGCUAGCAGCAUCCGAUGAGCAACGCAAAUCAACCUUAUGGCGGCCAGCAAUUUAUUUAGAAAAUAUAAUAAUGUUACAAGCAGCUGCUUUUGAAAAGUAGUCCAGAUGCAAAUUGAAUGCGUGUACGCUCAAGCCGAAUAUAAGUGCUUUCAUCAAAAACGACAAAAUUCUGAGCAGGAUAAAAGGAUUCUGAUAUUGUUCUCAGUGAUAUGUCAUUACGUUAGCUCGGAACUGUAAUUAUUGUUAGACACAAUGUAAACGGGCAAACACUGGAAAUGUCACUCCCAAUUCUUUUUAGACAUAAGUUAUUAUGGGAUUUACGAAAAUGGUGUUAUGUUAGCAACGUUGUUUUCCAGAUGUGGAAGCAAAUUAUGCGACUGGAGCAAACGUCUGUUUCCGAAGAAUGCUACCGGAAACAUAACUCUGGAAGUUCCGAUUGAGACCAGUUAUAGGGUACGUUAACCAUUUAAAAUGCAAUUUCUGUACCAUAUUUGAAUGUAACAUAUCUCUGAAGACGCAAUUUUGAUGUGACACUGCAUAAUAAUUCGCAUACCAAUUUAAUUAAGGCUGUUUUUUCGUGUUAAAGAGCGGAUAUCUGGCAAGUGGACCCUUCUGGACAUAUAUUUGGGCAAGAGGAUGGUGUUCGUACAAGGAAGGUUACUUUCGCUGUCCCUACAUCAAACGUAUGACCACAUUGCACCUUUAAAAUCCAUAAUUAACUUUAUUUACGUGAAAAUGCCUUUAGUCUAUUUCCUAGUCAUACUGCAUUCACACUGAGGUAUUAAAUGCAAAAACGUACUUGCUCUUUUUGAAUAUUUUUGUUCCACUCGCAGUCCCGACUUACAAACUCCACGAUUCCCUGCAAUACGAUGAAUGACAUUCUUUUUUCAUGCUUCUGAUUAAGACGAUGACUAUGAUGCAACUGCCCUAACGUUUUCGAAUGCCGAGAAACUUUCCUACGUUUUGCUGAACAGUAAAUAUCCAGUAACAAUUCACAAGCCUGAGGAUGAGAGUAUUCGUACGUUUAACCAUCCCUUAGUUAAACAUAGUGCAACUUUCUUGCAAACCGCGCAAACUCUGCCUGUGCAGAAGGCUGUCACUAAGCUUUUUCCUGAAACAUUUAAUUUUAGCUGGCUUUUAUGUGAAAGAGGGUACAGCAUUGGACAUCUGCACUGAUAACAUCACCCUAAAACUGCAAUGGGCGUUCAAUGGCAACGAAUCGGACCUACAGGAUGUGAGAUAUUCACGAAUUAUUUCAAGCCUUUCUCAUCAGAAUGCUGUAGGAAAUAUUCACCUAAUAGACGUUUUGUAUUUAAAGAUUAGUUGUUACACGUCUGGGAAGAAUAUUUGCUCGGGAUUGCGACGCGUCAGUGAGCCAUCAAACGGAAAAUGUGGUAGGCGACCUUUCAAUUGACUGUUCUUUAUCAUCCGUACGGCGUUAACCUCGAAUGCUAUCAUUAAAAUAAUUACUAACACAAAUUUGUCCAUAUCUAAUUUCCGAGGAAAUUGAUUCGCAAGCUUGGAGUAUAUAUAUAUCAGUGGGCCCCCAGCUUUCCGCGUGCGUUUUCUGGUCUAUGAACUCCAGUUUCCAAUUUCGUACCGUGCCUGAAAAGGCCUGUUCUGAGAGACCCACUCCGAGUUCGCGCAUUAAUUUUCGCGGAAAGUAGCUAAGAAAGUUGAAAUAAGACAUCAUAUAGAAGAGUACACACGGGAAAAGCUGGAGGACCCACUGAUGCGCCGAACCCUUCGCAGCUGCAUCAGGCAGCGGCAUAAGAUCGACAACACACUCGAGUCUGGGUUCCUUAGAUAAUACUAGUGUUGUCAGUACGGUAAAAUAAUUACACAAUUACGAAUUUGCCCAUUAUUGCACCUCCAUUUGUUGAGGAUGAUCUAGACCGCUUACAGAAUGAGACCGCCGGUCAAAAAUAUUUUAAUCAAGUCUAAUAAUUGUUUAGUGUGACUCACGGAAGAUGGUAUCCCCGGAUAUACUGAGUGGUCCACAAAGGGCCUACCCACACCUAAUGUAUUCACUCUCUUAGAUAACCCAGUAUAAAGGGGAAAGCUGAAGCAGAUUCAGGUGUUUUCGCAAUCCUGAGAUUUUUGUCAUUUACAUCUGACCCACUACGUUCAUAAAGAUGGUUGAGACAGCUUUGUGUGAUUGAUUAUGUAGGUAAGUCGGUAAAUACAUUUUCCUGAUGAUUGUUUAUCCACUGAAAGUCAUCCAGUGACCAUAUACCACAACGCUGUGGAUAAAAAUCGGAAUCAUUAAAUCUUAAAUUAUUCUCGUUUGCACUGAUAUAAUACCGGAAUUAAAAUAUAUAUCUUGCAUUUUCCUCUUUCAUAUCAUUUAGGCUACUAUAUGAAUGAUGGUCGUGUAACAGUCGGUCUUUAUGUGACUAACAGAAGAGCUUUAAAGAGUUUCUUCUACUGUUACGCGGACAAGCAGAAGACUAAAGCACUAACCUACAUUAUUGACUGGAGAGGUUGGUCUUUGACAUUGCUGUGUAAUGUCUGUGCAAUGUUAAUGCCUUUUUGACUGUUUGUAUGCAGACACAGUUUUUGAGUUUUAUGUAAAAACAUUCUUUGUUACUUUAGGUUUUUCUAAAAGUAACCCCGGACCAGUCACCACUACGCAAAUGGUGCAGCAAAAAACCACUUCGGGGGCUGCGAAAUUAGUAGGUAAGUCAGAGCUGGGGGUCUAAAUUAAUGUUGCUUUUUUAUACAAAACGUAUCGGUUUAACGACAGUUUUACUAAAAAAAUGGGUUCUCUUGUUCGUAACACUCUGAAAGCUUCCUUAUUUGCCCACUUUCACACCGCGUGAAGGAGCGGCGUUUCCAGUCUUCUACUUGUAGACAGAUGUACGGGUACUUAAGAAAGUAUUUGGCGAGAAUGUGGCAAAGUGCUGGUAACAAAAUCGUCUUGAGGAAUUCGCUGAAAUAUGGCAAAGAGACGAAAUUGCAGUGACAGAAUCUUCUGCCCAAACCCAUUGGGCCAUUAAAGACCGUAAUAAAAUAUAAUUUUUAACAGUGUAGGUGGGGAUAAUUAAUUGUGAAAAUUUAAGAAAUUUAAUGUUGAUUUGUGCUUUUUCUUCUGUCUGCAGUGUGUGCCAUCCUGUUUAAUUUCUGCGUGUUCCUGGUGUGA